CUGGCACCGCGGCUGAGGAACCGUAGAGCCAAUUGAUGGGGAGGCGGGCUGGAGGCGGCGCUGGUCUUGAGGAAGUGCCACGAGCGCUCGGCAUUCUGGGAACGGAAUUGCGACACACGCUGUGCUCUUGUUGUCAUGGCGGCGGCGCGUGGUCGCAAGAGACGCCUGGCCGAGUUGACGGUGGACGAGUUUUUGGCUUCGGGUUUUGAUUCCGUGUCCGAGUCGGAGACCGAAGAAAUCUCGGAGCCGGCGACACCAGUAGCGCGCGAACGCGAAGCUGCCGAGAACUCGUGUGGGCCGCACCGGGGUGCCUCAGCCAGCAGGCGUAAAGGCUGUGCCUCUGAGCACAAGAACCAGCUCUCUCGGCUGAAGUACAAAGACCCUGAGUUUUACAAGUUCCUUCAGGAGAAUGACCAGAGUCUGCUGAAUUUUAGUGACUCAGAUAGCUCUGAGGAGGGAGAGGAGCAGUUGCACUCUCUGCCAGAUGUCCUGGAGGAAGUGAGUGAGGAAGAGGAUGGUGGAGAGGAUGGAGACAGAGCGCCCAGAGGCCUGCAGGGGAAGAAGAAUGACCCUGUUCCUGUGACCAUUGGUAUGGUUGAGAAGUGGAAGCAGGCAGCAAAGCAGCACCUCACUCCCAAGCUGUUCCAUGAAGUUGUCCAGGCGUUCCGAGCUGCCGUGGCCACCACCCAAGGAGACCAGGAAGGGGCUGAGGCCUGCAGAUUCCAGGUCUUGGACAGUGCUGUGUUCAAUGCACUGGUUACCUUCUGUGUCAGAGACCUCUUUGGUUACCUUCAGAAGCUGCUGUUUGGAAAGGCACCAAUAGAUAGCAACAGGGUGCUGCAGCCAUCCAGCAGUGCGCUCUGGGGAAAGCUCCGUGUGGAUGUCAAGGCAUAUCUGAGUGCACUCAUGCAGCUGGUGACCUGUCUGGCAGAGGCCACAGUGUUGGCAGCAGUCCUGCAGCAUAUCAGCAGCCUGGUACCCUACUACCUGACCUUCCCCAAGCAGUGCCGUGUGUUGCUCAAGAGGAUGGUGGUUUUAUGGAGCACUGGUGAGGAGUCCCUGCGGGUGCUGGCCUUCCUGGUCCUCGUUAGAGUCUGUCGACACAAGAAGGAUGUUUUUCUGAAUCCUGUCUUGAAGCAAAUGUACAUCACAUAUGUGAGGAAUUGCAAGUUCACCUCUGCCAGUACACUCCCCCUCAUCAGCUUCAUGCAGCGAACACUGACUGAGCUGCUUGCCCUGGACCUCAGUGUUUCCUACCAGCAUGCUUUCCUCUACAUCCGCCAGCUCGCCAUCCACUUGCGCAAUGCCAUGAACACAGGGAAAAAGGAAACACACCAGUCUGUGUACAACUGGCAGUACAUCCACUGCCUCCACCUGUGGUGCCGUGUCCUGAGUGUCCUUGGCUCCAGCGAGGCCCUGAAGCCCCUGCUUUACCCGCUUGUGCAAGUUGUCAUUGGUUGCAUCAAGCUGGUACCCACUGCACGUUUCUACCCACUGCGCAUGCACUGUGUACGUGCCCUGACACUGCUAUCACAGAGCACUGAGAUUUUCAUUCCCGUGCUGCCCUUCAUCCUUGAGAUUUUUCAGCAGGUGGACUUCAACAAGCGACCAGGCCGGAUGAGCUCCAGGCCCAUCAACUUCUCUGUGAUCCUGAAGCUGUCUAAUACAAACCUACAGGAGAAGGCUUACCGGGAUGGAUUGGUGGAGCAGCUGUAUGAUCUUAUCCUGGAGUACCUGUACAGCCAGGCCCACAGCAUUGCCUUUCCAGAGCUGGCGCUGCCCACUAUCCUACAGCUGAAGUCCUUCCUCCGGGAGUGCAAGGUGGCCAACUACUGCCGGCAGAUGCGUCAGCUGCUGGACAAGGUGCAGGAGAAUGCAGAAUACAUAUGCAGCUGCCGCCAGAAAGUGUCUUUCGGUGUAUCUGACCAGCUCUCAGUGGAUACUUGGGAAAAACGGGCCCGGGAAGAGGGAACCCCACUUACCAGGUACUAUAACCACUGGCGGAAGCUGAGGGACCGAGAGAUCCAACUGGAGAUCAGUGGCAAGGAGCGGCUGGAAGAGCUGAACUUCCCCGAGAUCAAGCGGCGGAAGGCAGAGGAUAGGAAGGAGGAGGACAGAAGGGAGUUCAAAGACCUGUUUGACCUGGAUAGUUCUGAGGAUGAGGAAAUCACAGACUUCUCAGAGAGAGGGACAGCUGGAUCCCUAAGAGGUCAGCAGGAGGCAGAAGUGGAAGAGGAUGAUGGGGAUGACCAGGAAGAUGAAGAGGAAGAGGACAGCAGUGUCUCGGGAGAUGGAGACCCAGACGCAGAGGCGGGGCUGAUCCCUGGUGAGCUAUGGCGGCUGGCUGAGGGGCCACAGGAUGAACUGGAGGAUCUGCAGCUUUCAGAGGAGGACUAGGUCUCCUGCAGUGCCCUCGGGGUCUUGAGACCGGGGUCUGCCCCCUGAAGGGCAGUCAGCAGUCCCAGCAUGGCAGACCAGGCAAUGGGAACUGUGCCGACCUGGGUACAAGCAUGAUGGAGUCUGCCUGCUGCCCGGACCAAGACUAGCCUUACUCCCAAGGCUGCAGGCGAGCUCCUGGUCUGUUUUCCUUGUCUUUGGUUUGUCUGUAUAUCUUGCAGUUAUCCCCAGAGUCUCUGAAAACUUGCCCUUCUCAAGUCACAUGUUCUUCCUUUUAAAAAUUCUCAGUGUUUUUGAAUCCAGAAAUGAAAGGAAAAAAAUGCUCAGGGAUGGGGGUUAGGGGACCACAUAUGGAGCUGGGGCAUGCCAGUGGCCUACCCGCAUUCUCAGCACAGAGGUUGGGAAGGGUCUGGGGCCCCAGGGAGCAGAGCCAUGGGCGCGGUUCCAUUUCCUUGCUUGGGUGAAGCUCGUCCCACAGAGGGGUGGCUCCCCCCAUAGGGGGAGGUGGCUGUCAGUGACUGAUCUCCUGGGGUGAGCUCUUCAGGACCCUGAAGGGUUGGUGGUGGCUGUAGUGGCAGAGCCACAGGGAAGCUGGCCAUGUAGAAAACUCGGCCCAGGCGCUUGGCCACCUACAAAGAGACAAGCCAGGAUAGGCACCUGCCAGGGGGCUUCCUUCAGCUACAGAGCCUUUGUCUCCCAUGUCAUGCUCACCUGGGCCCGGAUCUUGAGGGCAGGCCCCAACUUCAGCCCCAUGGUGGUGAGCAGGUGCUCUUCAGUCAGCAGAGGCAGAGUCUCCCCAUCGAUCCCUUGUUCUCUGAACACCUGGGUGGUAAGGGCCUAUUGGUCACCCAGCAGGGGCCCCAGGGCAGAGCCAAGAAAAGCAGUCUGCAGCUUGUAGGACAAAGUCAUGAGAAAGGAAAGCCCUAACCCCAUGUGGGCUGUGUGAAAGCCAGAUGGGCUGUAAGGGACUGAAGGGUGGGUACCUGGUAGCCCCACCUGGCCCCAGAGUCAGUAGCUCCCUCACCCGAGUAUACUCCGCACAGCCAGACAGGCCCCCUACAAAGUUGCAGACAUCAUCCACUGUCCACUUGCCGAUGUCUUCAGGAGCUGUGGCCGCCUCUCCAUCCGAGAAGAGCCCUCCCAUGGUGCCUGGAUGUACAUGGAGGUGUCAAAAGGUCUCCGGCCCAUAUUUUCCCAUGUCCCCCGUCCCCCACUUUCUGUUGACCUUUGCUUUCCCAAAUUUAGAUAGAGGAUGGAUGGUCCCAAAAGAACCGCCCACUAAAACUCAUGGAUGGUCA